UUUGUAUUGUCGUUAACCUAAAUAUCGCCUCUCUUCCUUCUCUCUCCCAUCACUUCACCGAGUCUGAUAACCCCGAAACAAUUGCAGAGAGAAAGUCGAGGGACGUAUCAAGCAACAAUAUAUCUCAAUUUCAGCACCAAUCAGGUAAUUUUUUUUUUUCGCCAUCUUUAUCAUCCAAUGCUUCGUUUAGUUUUCAAUAAACUUUCGCGUGCCAACUCCAGAGCUUCACAGUUUGGCCAUGGCUCCUGUUUAUCGAAUUACUUUCUUAGAACCAUGUCAGAAAUGUCUAAAAACAACGACCCACAUUCUUUUACGGUCUGUUAUCUGCAAAAAUCAUGUGGGUUGUCCGAACAGUCUGCCAUUUCAGCUUCCAAGAAGCUUUUGAUUGAAACCCCAGAAAAAGCUGAUUCAGUUCUUAAGCUUAUGAGAACUCACGGAUUAACUCAGACCCACAUUGCAAAUAUAAUAGCUAAUCGUCCCGGAUUGCUUUUAGCGGACUUAGAAGGUAAACUUAGGCCUAAUAUGGAGUUGCUUAGAUCUUUGGGGAUUUCUGGUACUAGCCUAGGGAAAAUGCUUAGCAAAGAGUUGCGUUUUCUCGAAUAUGAUGAUUUACUCGAAACCAUGGAGUUCUUUAGAGCUCAGCGUUUUAGUGAUGAACAAAUAACUAUGAUGCUUAAGAAGCUUCCAUCGUUGUUUCUCCCCGCGAAAAGAAAUCUUAAGCCAAAGUUGGAGUUUUUCAGAUCUUUGGGCCUGACUGAUGAGGAUGUUUUGAAGAUUUUGUCCUCGGAGCCUUAUAUUCUAGAAAGGAGCCUGGAGAAACAAAUCAUUCCUUCUAUUCAAGUGCUUAGGCGGGUUCUUGGGACGGACUUAAAUAUGCAAAAGACUAUAAAAGCGUGCUACAGUAUACUUGAAUACGAUUUGGAAGAGACGCUUGAGCGCAACAUAUCAACGUUGAAGAGCCAUGGUGUUCCCCACUCAUGGAUCUUGAGGAUCUUCAUGAUCCAACCCAGAACACUGCUUGCAAGGCAUCAUCGGUUUGAGGAGGUUGUCAAAGAAGUUGUGAAAUUGGGGUUUAAUCCAAAUUCUAUUCUCUUUGUUUUGGCCAUUCGUUCCAUUGUAACGGUGGGUAAGACUCUUUGGGAGCAGAAAUUGGAAUCUUACAAAAGUUUCGGUUUGUCAAGGGAUCAGGUCUAUUCGGCAUUCAAAUCGCAACCUAUGUUUAUGCUUGUUUCAGAGAAGAAGAUCAAGAAAUUGAUGCAUUUCUUCAUUCACAAAUUGAACAUAGAACCUUCAAUCAUUUCAAAGAAUCCAGGACUACUACUAUUUAGUCUGGAGAAGAGAUUCAUUCCAAGGAUUUCUGUUCUACAACUUCUGAUGUCAAAAGGUUUUGUUAAAGAAGAUAUAAGCAUUAUUCCCUAUCUCAGAAUGACUGAGAAGAAGUUCAAGGAGAAUAUCAUGUCGGUAUAUGAGAAAUCGCUUCCUGAUGUUGUUAAGGCAUACCAAGGCAAGAUAGAGUUUCGAGGGUUUCCUGCUAUUUUGAAGACAUAAUGAGUAUGAUGCCAUUGAUAAUAAGAUUAGCAAAGAUGCUGAGAGUUGAAGUUGAGUUCAUCAUCUACCGCCGCAGGCUACUUAUCAUAAUUUUGGAUGGAUAAGUGGAAGGCUACUUGAGAAUAGCUUUCCAGGAUAUUGCAACAUUAGCACUAAGACGAGAUCCCUGAGUAAGUUUACUUGUAAGCUUCUUUUAAUGGUGGUGCAACGUAUGGUCUGCCAAAACUUAUGUAAGUUCUCACAUUGAUUUUGAGCAGUUUAUCAUUCUUGCAAUCAAUCAUCACGAGUUUUAUCUUUUGUUCCUGUUUUUGUCUCUGAUUGAGCGACCGUUCUGCUUGUGUUGUUCUCGUUCCUUACAUUUAACCUAUAAUCUAGUUGUUAUUUUUCCCCUAAAUUUUUUCGAGAA